UAUUUUAUUUGGAAGCUCUCACAUUAGUGUUGCAGUAGCAGUAUUCCUUUUUGUCACGAAAUCAUUCUUAUCGCGUCCAACUGAUGCAGUGGAAGGUAAAAUAUAGAUAUCUAUAUUUAUAUUUGUUUGUGGGGGAAAAUUACUGUUCUCACAGGGAUGGUUGUAUACGACAUUUUGAUCAUACAGCAUUCAAGCUCAAAGUCCGAUUAUCCGAUGAUAAAGUAUAUUCAUAUACGCUAGCGGCUAGCCAAUUGUUCCUGCGUUCAUCGAUUCCUUGAUCUCAUCUAUAUUUUUUAAUGUGAAAACUGUUAUAUAUAAGCGGUGAUACCAUGGCCAUGGAAAAGGUCAUUCCUGUGUGGCAUAUUCUAUCCGUUUUCCUUCCCUUACCCAAUAUUCCCGAAUACGGUAACAUCGAUAAACCGAAGCGUACGUCCUCCAACAUUGUCACCGUGAUUCGCUUCUCUAAGACAGUUAUUACUUGUGUCAUACUGGUGACCUUUUUCGUACACGAAGCGGUGAAUUUGGUGGCCAACCGAAAAGAUUGGGAAAAGUAUUAUGUAAACGCUAAUAAAAUCAUCACUCUGCUGACCUUAAUGAGAUGUACCGUGACAUCCUUGAAAAAUAUGAGCGCCGUAUUGAUAUUCCUUUCGCACAUGGGCCGUAUGAAAGCGUACCUAUCGACGAUUAAUCUACUUCUGGCCAACCUCAACAUGUCGCGCGCACGUCGACACCGGCACUGUAUGGUCGGUAUUCUUAUGUUUAUGCCCUUUGUGAUUCUUAUCCCAGCAUGUUGUUAUUUCGGUGUAACUUUUCUGAACAAUAUGGCAAAAUACCACCCGGAUAAAUCGAAAGUUCCGUUCGGUAUAUUUCGCUUAGACAUUGAGACGGCGUUUGUCAUUACAUUAUGCGGUGAUAUGUUUGGAACGAUUAUCGCCGUUAGCAUUUACGUGCUAAUCGGUACAUUGGCGCGGAUUUUAAAAGAAUGCUGUGUGGUGUUAAAUGGGCGCUUGCGGAGGAUACGAAAAAAAGCAGAGGCGGAUGAUGCAGGAUUCACUUAUGUGACAUUCCAGCAAGAUAUACACGAACUACGCAGUCUCUAUGAGCAGAUUGUCGAGGCGUAUCUACAGUAUGAACAUGCAUUCUCUAGUCAGAUUGUAAUGGGAAUUGUCGGAAGUAGUUUGCUGAUGUUCGCGUCGGUGUCGUCGUUUUUUAAACCAAAUCUUACCAAAGACUGGAUAAUCGCACAUGCGUUGGCACUAAUCAUCACGUUCUACGCCGUGGUGACCUUGUGCUUUCAUCCCAUACAACUGCACGAAGAGAGCCGCAGAAUUAUUGAAAAUCUCCAGACGGUGAUACAUUCUCGACAAAUGCGAUAUUUGUCAAAGAAAAACCCAGCGGAAAAAGAGCGCAAAGAAGAAGUAGACGAUGGAUCUCGUAUGGAGGAAUAUUUCUCCUUGUUUACGUUUCUGCAGCGCACAGUGACCACACCACUGGUUGUUUCUGCCGGAGGAUUUGUGGAGUUAACACGAGCUUUCAUUAUCUCUUUGAUAGCCAUGCUGAUUGGAUUCGUAUUGUUUCUGCUGGAACAGUACGAAGGACACAAGCCCAACUCCCAGUUUUCCUGUGCGGCAUUGUUGGCUAAUCGAACCGGAAACACCUUCAGCCAAGUGUCAAUACCAGAGCCAUCUGCGUACAGCAAUCUCACAGCGAUUACCAUUUAAUUUUAAUCAGCAAACGGUACAAGAUUCCUCUGGGAACCGGAAGUGCUUUCCUUUCAUGCAUACACCGCCUUCAAUGAUUUUUAAUUUUUUACCGAUAAUGUACGACACUGGUACAUUUUGCUUAAUUUAUGCUGUGUAUAUAUUAAACCGAACUGCAGUAAUUAUUUAAAUACGUUUCCUAGGCUGGAAAAGCACUUUAACGUCAGAUACCAGUUAACACAACUACAUGUACAGAUAGUUGGCAGAAUAAUGUGCAACGUACGCGGGC